AUGGCAGCGAAAUGGUUACUCCCAGUACAGGAAAACUUCCUCCUUAAAUUUCAGGGUGUUAAAAUGUCUGCAAAGGAAUUUAAUAAAGCUUUUGAUACAUUUGAUUCAGAUGGGAAUGGUUACAUAGAUGAACAUGAAUUAGAUGCUUUGCUAAAAGAUCUCUGUGAAAAGAACAAAAAGGAAUUAGAUAUCAGUAACCUUGCAACCUACAAGAAGAACAUUAUGGCCUUGUCUGACGGAGGAAAACUUUACAGAACAGAACUUGCUCUCAUCCUCUGCGCUGGGGAAAAUUAGAGUCUGCCAUCAUUUCCACUCCAACCAGUGAUAUAUUGUAUCUUUAAAAACAAAAACAAAAUUAACUGUGCACUAUAAGGGAGUAGGCUUUACUUUCUUUUAUACCUUGUACAUUUAAAAUUGCAUAUAGAUAAUUAGCCAGGUUGUGUGGCACAUUCUUUUCAGCUUGUUUCUACAAUGUUCGUAAUGUACAGCUUUUGUAACUAAAGAGGAUGUCUUAAUUAUUUGGGCCAGUCUGUCAAUACAUUUACCAAUAAACAUGGCUGUGUUUUCAUGAGACAAGGGAGAAGGUUUUAAGAGCGUGGCUGAGAUUGGUAUUGGCUAGGUCUCCAUUAAGCAAAUAGGCUUUUGACAAUGUUGGAGAGAAACAUGAGUUCCAAAUCAAUUUAGGAAGAUGGUGGAUUUCUUCUUUUUCUUUUUCCUUCCUUCCUUGUAAAGGAAUGUAAGUCGUGGGAGGGAGGCUGUUGGAAUCCAACAGAAUCUUUUGGUGGCAUCCAUCUUCUAGAAAGUGGUGGUCAGCCUUUUUUGGCAAGUGUGCUACAGGUCAAUCAGUCCAAAACGACUGGACACCUCUUUUUAGGAGAUACCUGAAACCAUUGAGAAAUGUUUAAGAAGUCCCUUAUUAGCAAACCAGUUUUAGGUAAGAAAGGAUUCGUGGGAUAGAAGCAUCGGCAGUGCUGUAGUCUACUUUGAUCAGGCCAACUUCAGACAUGUUAUGUCUUUGCCCUGCAACUGUCUUAAAUUCACUACCAAGGUCACCAGAGGCUCUGGAUGUGAAGGUACUGAACACCCUGAGGAGCUUUUAAGCUUCCCUGAUUGCCUGGCAAGAGCAACACUGUAUUUUUACUGGACAAAUGGCAGGUUUCUAAUCAGUUAAAAGUAGAUAAUUAAUACAUAAAUUUGCCUCAUAUUUUAAUCUUUAGCAUUUGUAAAUGCUGCUAUGUCAGAGAAUGUAUCAGUCCGUUUUUCUAAAACUGUUUCCACAUUUUGCAGAAUAAUUCUAUCAUUCUGUGUAAUCUAUAAUUAAAUUUAAUAUACUAAUA